GACACUUCCAGUGUGUGUGCGCGCGCGCGCGUUCUCUGAGGUGAGGCGUCGGUUUGAUUUAGUAGCGUUUACGGUGAAAUGCUGUUGGAGACUAUCGGUGACCCGAAGCUGCAGCAUGGACUAGAGACCGGAAACUACCGACUCGCAGCGUGCGGCAGGUCAGGCAGGUGUUGUGAAUGAAGAGAAUAAAGCACGUGACACCUGUUAGGCCCCGGAUCCAGGGACCUCCUGCAGGAGGUAUCUGGUACCCAGAGGGGAUUUUAGGCCACAUCAGCUUCAUGACUGAUGCUAAGGAGAUUGUGUGGUUCUGCGCAUUUACGCACUGCGGUAGCGCGACGUGCACGGGGCAAACAAGUGUGUGUGCGCGCGUGUCCAGCGUGUUUAGAGGUCUUCUCUGAAGUUAAACCAGAGCAGCGUGGAUUCGGAGCACCUGACAGGUGUUUCACCCUUCAGCUGACACUAGUGUCGUCGUCUCCUCAUUCUUGUCUCCAACCGUGCUGCAGGGUUAAAGUGAUGGGGGACUUUCGAAUCCUCCAGGAGGAGCUCGCGACUCUUCAGAGGCUCAUCAUGGAGGAAAGAAACAUCAUGGCCAUUGAAAAAGAGUUUCUGGGGGUGGUGAAGAACUUUGAGGAGGUGAGGAAGAGUUGGCUGCAUGCCGACCUCGAGCUGAAGAAGUACAAAGAGCUGCUGGUGAAGUCUGAUGUAGCCAAAGCUGCUCUGGAGAUCAGGCUGAUGCAUGCUCGGAACCAGCUGGACGUGGAGAUGAAGAAACGACACAAGACUGAGGCGGAUUACCAGUACCUGGAGAGACAGAUGCAGCUGAUGUGUGACAUCCUGGUCCAGGACGGCAAGUCCAGAGACGUCCUGAAUGACGAGCAGAGAUCGCUGUUGGCCACGUUCGAACAGAAAGGAGCCAACAUGACUCUGUACAAGAGCAACAAACGUCUUUCUGCGAUCGAUGAGUCGUCCUUCCUGUCUCACUCGGACAUCAGCUAUGAUCGCACCGAUGACGACGUGGACUUUGACGCGACCUUCAUCAAACCACUGAGGUCUCGAGUCAGAGAGCGGAGGCGGUCCUCGAUGGUCCCGGUGGCUGAAGCUCCGGUUGGGAAGCGAAUUCGAGAUGGGAAUUUUUCAGCGGAUUCGCUGGAUAGAAAAGCUGUUGAGAAGGAGGUGGAGACCAUCGUGAAGGCCUCGGUGAUGACUCCAGAUGCUGGUGCUAAGAUCCACACAACCCUGGGAAUCUCACGGGAGAGUCCAGAUGACCCGGCUUGGUCCGUCACCCAGGAGUGUGUCGUGUCAGUAGGAGGAGAUCAAACACCAUACGACCACACCUCCAGAACCAGAGUCCAGUCCGAGGACAGGAUUCUUCCCAUCAGCAGGGCUCAGGAGACCCUCAAACACACGUUUCUGUCUAAGACGGUGAUCCGGCCGGAGACCUGCACGCCGUGUGGGAAGCGGAUCCACUUUGGGAAGAUGGCGGUGAAGUGCAGGAACUGUCAUGUUGUUGCUCAUCCAGGAUGCAAACAGAAGCUCUCGGACAGCUGCUUCUCCUGGGAGGCAGGAUGUCAAGCUCCCGCGGUCCCAGACUUGCUGGAAGCGUUCGCCCCCCUGACUCAUCCCAGAGUUCCUCAGCUGAUCCUAGACUGUGUGGCAGAGAUCGAGAGGAGGGGCCUGAAUGAGAGAGGUCUGUACCGGGUUCCUGGAGGGGAGCGUGCAGUGAAGGAUCUCAGACUGCGGGUCCUCCGGGGGAAGCCGGGUUUGAUGCUCCGGGAAGUCCAGGACAUCCAUGUGGUCUGUGGACUGCUGAAGGAUUUCCUGAGGAGGCUGAAUGAACCUCUGGUCACCUUCAGGCUGCACAGAACUUUCAUGGAGGCUGCAGAACUGGAUGAUAACGACAAAGGUGCCGCUGUCCUGUACCGGGUCAUCUCGGAGCUGCCGAAGACCAACAGAGACACUCUGGCCUUCCUCAUGCUUCACCUGCACAGGGUGAUAAGAAGCCCACAAUGCCAGAUGGACCAGAACAACCUAGCCCGAGUGUUUGGACCAACUCUAGUGGGUCACGGAAUGUCCGAACCAACUCCCACCACCAUCAUGAGCGACACCAGCAUUCAGCCAAAGGUCAUCCUCCGUCUGCUGUCCCUCCCCGAAGACUACUGGAACCAAAUCCUGACCAUCCAGACGGGCCAGAACCCGCCGGCUUCCUGCUCCGGGUCUGGUUCUGGACUCGCUAAUGGAUUCUUCUCAGGUCGUUUCUUUCCACCAGUGACGUCUCCAGAACUGAGAUCCCACAAAAAGUCCAGCCAGGAAUCGGGGAGCGCCACCAGCGGCAUGGGACGAGCUAAGCUGGGCAGGUUUUUCCCAUCCCCCAACUGACCCACGCAAACAACAAGAUGUGCAUGUUGUCAUGGUAACGGCUUUAAAAGUGUGUGUGUGUGUUUUUAGAGAAUCUGAAGUUCAGACAGCCCUGAAGGCCUCGUGCUGUGUUCAGGCUCCUUUAGAAAAAAACUAGUGUCUGGACUCAACGCAUAACUUCUCCAUUUGUGCCAAUGUGAGCAUAAUGAUGUCAUGAUGUAAAAAUGUUUUUGUCAUAAGUUGUAAUAAUAAAGUGUAAGUUAAUUA